AUGGCCCAUUUUGACGCUUAUGGUCGUCCACUACGAGGCGAUUCAGGCCCGGAUUAUGGGUAUGAGACCUACAAGACCUACGAUUUAAAUGAUCCCAACAGGCACAUGCCUACCUAUUCAAACCCCUCGACCUCGACUAGAUAUGCUACGGAAUCUCGAGAUUUACCUUAUCCUUCCCAAAGCGCAUCAAGUCUUCGACCACAUUCACCACAACAGUCAUACUCAUCAAACAACAAUAUGGGAACGGCAUAUGGCUCUGACCGUGGCUCCGCUGUAGAUAACGAUUCAGUAUCGCCCGAAAUAAUCGCAGCAAUCACUGAGAAGGUUAAAAGAGAACUUUUCGAACAUCUCAAGCAAACAGGCACUAUUGAUGACCAACCACGAGCUUCGUAUAUGCAACGUGAAUUCUCAGAGAAAUCCAACUCUACAAAUCAGUCUCCUCCUCCAGAUAAUCGCAGAGUUUACACUCCUCCUUCACCAUCUUCUACAACUAAACAAAGCUUUUCUACUCCACCUACAGAACCUAUGAGAUCCCCUCCUUUAAGUCCAUCCUUGGAUAAGCCUUCUGCUAGGUUCAAUGACCGUGAUCGGGAUCGGGAUCGGGAUCGUGACCGUGGAUAUAAUGACCGACCGGCGCAGAAAGUUCACCGCACAUAUUCAACCUUGGAAUUAUCUACAAUUGAUCACAAAUGGGGUCGGUUGUUUGAUAAUGAAUCGCGGCCUACGGAAAGGUUGGGGCAGUUCUUGAGAGGUCUUGCGAAUCAUAUUGUCGAUGAUUUUGCGCCAAAAAAGAGUAUUGUGAUCACACCUUCGAAAAUGGCAACAUAUUAUAGCGCAUAUCCUAUCGGCAAGGAAAUUCAUCCAUAUGUUUGUAAGGUUACUCGACUUCUACCAUUAACUAUAUUCGUGCUCAUGUUCUAUCUAGCCGUUUUCAAAACCCUGUCUAACGCCCAAAUUUCGAAGCUAUAUCAAGAUCUUGGAUGUCAACAUCAUCUAGUUCAAGAAGAUUUUCAUUCCUAUCCUACAAUACCAGCUCUGACUCCACUUGGAUUUGCACACUGGAUGACAAUUCAAAUUUCUGCUUACCCCAGUGAGGAGUCAGAGAGAUUAGGAAAAGUUGUCCUAGCUUUACCGAUCAAUGCCGAUGGGCAAAUGGUGGAUGGAAAACCGGAACGUUUACCAAAACAAAUCUCGCGCCACUUGUUACCUGAUGUCGGGGAUCGUGACUCUGAAAAAUUGAUGCGAACCGCAAUAUCUCACUUCUCUGAUGAGCUUGGCAUUCGUCAAAGCAGCAGAAGUAAACCGACAACCUCUAGCCCACCACCCCGUCAGAAUACGCCCGCCGACCGGUCACAAUCCCGUCCUGAUGAUACACCUCAGCCCAGAGCCUCAUAUGCAGGACCGACUAGCAAGCCUAUUGAACGAGAACGAAUGCCUUAUACCGGUGCACCUUCUGUCACAUCUGAGUCGUCAAGCGUCGAUGAAGGAUCAGCUGUACAAAUUGAACGUGAAAGGAAACCAUAUUCCGCUCAACCUGGUAGUGGCAAAAUCUACACCGGGCCCACUAAUGUCAAUACUUCAAAUAGGCCUGGCAGGGCGAGAUCCACUAGUCGAGCAAAAGAGCCUCAAGAACGUGAGCGUAGUCGGUCAAGACAUGAUCGUACACAAAGCAAUGCUAGCCAAGACAAUUAUAAGCCACCGCCAGUGUCAUCUGCCAAACGCAAUCGCAGCCCGCAGUUCAAGAGCUACAGUCAAUCUACACCUACCAAUAUUGAUGUUGGGUCUACUUAUGUGCCAUCACCUGCUAAUUUCCCUCCUACUUUCGGACCUUCGUCAUAUGGAUCAAACAAUUCCUUUCCUCCGCCACCGUCUUCUUCAGAAAUUCAUAGCUCGAGAGAUAGAAGACGAGAUGAACGGUCUCACCACCGCAGAGGAGUAGAAGAUGACCGUUUCUCAAGUACUACUCACAUCAAUGACUUUAUAAGUCCAAGAGAUGCGGAAAAAUGGGAUAGGUUACAUGAGGGACUGGACUCGAGAAGCAGUGAUUAUGAUCGUGAUCGUCCAACUAAAUCCACAGGUUCCGCAUAUAGUGAACACAUGACUAGGAGUUCAUAUAUGGAACCACAAGUUGGCGCUGAUUAUGAAGACUGGUAUCGAAAUGGAGUUGAUAAGAGUAUGAGGAAUAGUAUGUAUUACUGA